GGCGGAUGGGGCGGCGGGAUGGACACCCUAGAGGAGGAGAGCUUCGUGCUGUCUUCCUCCUCCGCCUGAUGCAGAAUUCGACGCUGUGGUUGGCUACUUGGAGGACAUUAUCAUGGAUGACGAGUCCCAGUUAUUACAGAGAAAUUUCAUGGACAAGUACUACCAGGAAUUUGAAGACACAGAAGAGAAUAAACUCAUCUACACACCUAUUUUUAACGAAUAUAUUUCUUUAGUGGAAAAGUACAUUGAAGAACAGCUACUGGAGCGGAUUCCUGGCUUUAACAUGGCGGCCUUCACGACAACCUUCCAGCACCACAAAGAUGAGGUGGCCGGUGACAUAUUCGACAUGCUGCUCACGUUUACCGAUUUUCUGGCUUUUAAAGAAAUGUUUUUGGACUACAGAGCAGAAAAAGAAGGCCGGGGACUGGACUGAAGCAGCGGUCUCGUGGUGACGUCACUGUGCAAGUCGUCCUCCCCGCCCACUUCCCAGAACCACCUGCGGCACCAGGUCCCUUCCAGCAACGAGACCGUUCAACCUCAGCCCAGGGCACGGGAGAGGCGCCAGCUACCGCUAGCGACAGGCUAGAUCUUGGGGAGGCCGGCUCUGUUCCGCAAUCCUUCGUUAACAUCAAGUAUUUAUGGAGGAAUAAAAUGGUAUGACCCUCCUGAGACCCGUUUCUUCAGAAAACCCUUGUGUUCAGUAACCCGUGCUCCUCCCUCGGAGGGCUCUCUCUCGGGGGCUUGAGUCGGCGCCUGUGGACAGGUCCACGUCCAGCAUUCCACCUGGGGGCUUGCUUCCCGCACACGUGUUGGGGUGUCGCACCCAUGGGUUUCCCUGGUUGGGAGCAUUUAUCUAGGGUGUUCCUCAAGCUGCCGCCGGACUUGAAACUUCUGGAGCUCCUAUCACCACCGAGAGUCCUGGCUGUCUGAGUCACCGCGAGAGAGGUCCUUUACCUAAAUGCUGCAUGUCCGAGGCAACGCCUCGUCUCCCACCCGCAGUCCCCGUCCCCCUGUCUUCCGGUCCUGCUGUA